AUGGCGCGGUCCGUGAUUUUGGCUGGAGUCUUGCUGGCUAUGCUUGCGGGCGCGCAUGCGCAGGCGGCCGCCCCCAAGGCCGCCCCAAAGGCCGCCCCGAAGGCUGCCCCCGCUGCGUCCCCCGCGGCCGCCGCCGACACCGGCUCCGACUUUGGCACCCUGUCGGAGGUGCCGACGGACGUGACCGGCUUCGACAUCAACGCGAUCACCCCGCUGCUCCCGCUGCUCUCCAAGAUCCCGGCCCCCCUCCUCGCCGAGAUUGGCAAGCUGACCCCCAAGAUCAAUGUGACCUGGGUUGAGAUCCUGCUGCCGUAUGUCGGCAAGGCGGACCCGGCUGAAGUGGGGAAGAUCAUCCAAGCCCUGCUCCCCGCCCUCAAGGAUCUGGACACCGCGAUCGUCGCCCGGCUGAUCGAGGUCGCCGCCAAGAUCAACCCCAAGAUCAUCGUCGCGAUCGCGCCUUACCUCAGCAAGCUCGACGUGAACGUCCUGAAGAGGCUGAUCCCCUCCAUUGCCGCCCUCAACCCCGACCUCCUCGUGAACACCCUCAACCUCGUGGCCGGCCUGACGCCCGAGGCUUGGGAGGCGCUGCUGCACAUCGUGGAGCUCGGCGUGCCCGCGAUCAACCUCGUGGGCUGGAAGCUCAACCUGCUGCCCGUCUCGGUGGGCGCGCCGGCGCCAUUCUCGCAGGCGCGGGGCAGCGUCUUCCAGCUGCCGUCGUUCCUUGGCUGA